AUGCUCAAUGCGACCUCCCAAGAUAGCUUGACUGCUUCGACGGUAUGCCCGUGCAAACUUCUCAGUUUCAAGCAAUCUAAUAUCAAAUACCGUGGAGCGUUUCACAUCGCGAAUUCCUUCCGGUCGAUCAAGUGCCGUGAAGCGCACAUCAACAACUAUGAUGAGCCAGUAGAAAGAUACAUAUUCAAGUUUUGGAACCGCCCUAUCAUCGAGUACGCCCACCAAUCAGAUGCCCCCAUGACGGACGACGAUCUCAAUCGCGACUUGGGCUCACGAGCAGGGUCUCAACGGCCCAAACAGCCACCUGCAGUCCCAUCCAAACCCAAUGUUCAAUCCGCCGCUCUGCGUGGAGCGUCAUUAGCCUUUGAUGCGAAUGGAUCAGGCAAGCUCACAACAACACAAUCUGCCAACAGCACGAGGAAUUCGAGAAGGCUUGCCGCGAUGGAUCUGGGCCCCCAUAGAUUCGAAACACAGGAUGACGAUAUGCAGCAGGAUACAUUCCCCCAAAGUUCUGCGGGGAUAGUCGGGGACCGGAUUAAACUGUUUAGCGAAGCUCAAGAGUCCACAUUAUCACAGACUGGAUCCAAUCGCGACUCAAACACAUCUCGCCCAGGAACGGUUGGUCCCCAGCAGAUCGCUGCCGAGCUGGCUGUAGGCAAAUCUACAGCGCGGACUUCACCAGCAGUACCGGCUAGGGGAAAUCGGGGACUUAGUUCACCAGUUCAGCAAAACGACCACAGCCAAGGUCUCUAUGAUGGACCAUCUGCUUCAAGUAUUUUACCGGAUCUGAUGAGCCGAAACGACUUCCUUGGUGGACAGAAUAGCCCUACGAGGGCAUCGCCAGUCGUUGCAGAUAAGAACAAGCAGUCUAAUGAUCCUCGCGGGCUUCAGAAUGUUGGCCCCGGGGGACCGGAUGGCCUGCCAAGGAAGGAGCCUACGGGAUCCUCUUUACCUUCCAGCUCAGUUAACAGGGAGAUAUCACAGCCAUCACCGCAAGACCUACAAAAGAGGCCUUCUUUUUCUCCGGGCAACCAUGGCCCUCCGUUACCACCAAGGCUGCCAAUGGCUACUGCGAAUAAACCCAGCCCAUCACAACAAAAGAUCCCAGCGAAGAAUCUAGUUACCAAGGCCGCCAUCACCAUUGGAAACGAGCCAAAUUCUGCCAACACAGCAAGACCUAUGAGUAUCCGUUCCGCGAUUACAAACACCGGAGACCCAAGAUCCCAAUUGUUACCUUCCCGAUCUUCCCGAUCGAGCCUGCGACCCCACCAUUCAGGGUUGUCUGAAAGUUCAUUGGCUGGUGCUUUAGCAGCUUCAUCUUUAGCAUCCUCAAGAGCACCAUCCCCGUCCAAAAAGACUCCUCCACCACCACCACCACAUCGAGGUUCUCGCUCCCGCGCUUCACUAAACCCCCUACAUAGCCCUCACAAGAAUGAGUCUCGUACGUCCAGUCCCGCCAAGGGAAUGAGACAAACGUUGCGCCAGGAACCAAAAAAUGACGAUGAAGCCAAACGGCUGAAAAAGUUCCACCGUCAUCGUAUAAUCAAAACGCAUCCAAACAAGCAUCGUGAGGGCGAUCGAAAACGGUGGCGAGAUCGAAUUACGGACCGCGAGCGGAAACGGUAUGAAGGGGUAUGGGCUGCGAACAGAGGCCUGUUGAUUGAUGAACGCAGCCUCCCUGGGGCCUCAGGGGCCCCGCUACGAGAUAUGGUGUUGAAUCUCGUGGUGAAGGAUAUAUGGUCCCGGAGCCGACUACAGCCCAUCAUCCUUGGGCAAAUUUGGGAUCUUGUCUGCCACGACAGUAGGAGGAUGCUCACUCGCCAGGAAUUCGUGGUGGGCAUGUGGCUAGUCGACCAGUGUUUGAAAGGACGAAAGCUUCCAAUUAACGUCUCCCAGAGUGUAUGGGAUAGUGUUCACAUUCCCGGGACUAGCUAG